GAAGAACCUGGAUCCGCUGGAACAGUGUGUUCAAUUCUACAUCUUCAUCUAUUUCUGCUGAAGCUUUUCGUGAUUCCGAUGGAUGCCGUGGACCGUGUGACGACGCUGAAAUACUUGCGCCAUUCUUAUUCACAUUUCAAGAGAAUCGAAAAAACUACAAUAUAA